AUGCAAAAAUCAUUAUCUGCUAGCAUCCUCAUACUUUUAAUUGUUGGAUAAGUUCAAUGUGGACUUUGGUAAACAAUUGUAGAGAGCACUGUAGUUUCUGGUGUAACAACAGCUACAAUUGCUAUAGGUGCUAAAGUUGGUUUGGCAGCAGCUGGAUUUUCAUCAGUAGGUCCUGUGGCAGGAAGCUUUGCUGCAGCAACCUAAGCAGGUGUUGGGAAUGUUGUUGCAGGGAGUCUUUUUUCUAUAGCAUAAAGCGCAGCAAUGACAGGUGUAGUAAGUGCAGCUAUUGUUCCUGCAUCUGCUAUUGGUGCUGUUGUAGGAGUUGGCUAUUUGGCUACUAAACUUAUGUGAUGUUAUUAAAUGUCUCACAUUAAUAUAUAAAAAUCAAAAAAGA